AAUCAGUUUCUCAAACAGUUAGGUAUACAUCCUGACUGGCAAUUUGUAGAUGUUUAUGGUAUGGAACCAGAACUGCUUAGCAUGGUGCCAAGACCUGUCUGUGCAGUGCUACUUCUCUUUCCAAUAACAGAAAAGUAUGAAACCUUCAGAACAGAAGAAGAAGAGAGGAUAAAAGCGAAGGGGCAAGAUGUCAAAUCAUCAGUGUAUUUCAUGAAGCAGACCAUUAACAAUGCUUGUGGGACAAUUGGGCUAAUUCAUGCUAUUGCAAACAACAGAGAUAAAAUGAACUUUGAAACGAAUUCUUCACUGAAGAAGUUCCUGGAGGAUUCAUUAUCUAUGACUCCUGAAGAGAGGGCCAAAUAUCUAGAAACUUAUGAAGCUAUUCGUGUCACUCAUGAAUCCAGUGCCCAUGAAGGUCAGACUGAGGCACCAAGUAUAGAUGAAAAAGUAGAUCUUCACUUUAUUGCAUUAGUUAACGUAGGUGGUCAUCUCUAUGAAUUGGAUGGGCGCAAGCCGUUUCCAAUAAACCAUGGGGAAACUAGUGACGAUUCUUUUUUAGAGGAUGCAAUAGAAGUUUGCAAGAAAUUCAUGGAACGUGACCCAGAAGAAUUAAGAUUUAAUGCAAUUGCACUGUCUGCAGCUUAAAAGCCUUUUCCAGUGAGGCUAAUCUAUUGCGAUGUAUUGUAACAAUAAAACUGUUGCCAUAUGUUAAUAAUACAAAUUUUGAUACUUCCCUAACAUAUUGACUAAUUGUAGCACACGUGGAAUAAACUUUGCAUUUGUCCUUGCUAUAUCUUGCUGCUUGUUCCUAAAGCAACUAUGGGUAUUUAUAUACACGCAUGCAUUUUGUGCAAGACUUCUGUGUGGUGGGUUUUUCCCCUUCCACCCCCUUACUAUCUGUGAUAUUUCAUCAUGAUAAUGACAAAUUCGUUCAGAGAAGGAUUAUCAAUUUGUAUCAUUCACAGAUAACAUUUUGAGUGGAGUAUGUGGUAUGUUAAUGGUAAAAACUUGAAAUACGAGGUUAUUCGCAUCUUUUAAUUAUAAUGAUACAAGAAUAUUAUAAGAACUUUUCCAGGUGACUCAAAAGACAAAGGCAUUUUUGCAGUGAAUUAUUUAUAAAUAAAUAUAUGGAAGAAAAAAAGACAGAAAAAGGACUGUGUCGUCUUAUUGUUGGUGAGCGCUAACACUUUAAAAUUGUCUUAAUGUUUACAUUUUGAAUAAAACUUAAUAUUUUGUUUCUCAUGCCUAA